CUACCUCAGUGUGGGUUGGUUAACAGGCCUCAGAGUCCUUAUCCAGAGGGUAGAAACAGCCCGCAGGAGCUGAGGCAACAAAGUCCAGUGAGUGUGAGGGCUGAGCAGAGGCCGCCGAAGGGGAGGCAGCAGCAGGGAGCUGCCGAGAGGAAGGACUGUCCAGCUUCCAGAUGCUAGGCCUCCUGGGAAGCACGACCCUCGCGGGCUUGAUCACAGGCAUUGCCGUGACUCUUCUGCUGUUGGUGCUGCUGCUGGCCACCUGCCUGUACCACGGACAGCGGGACCAUGACGUGGAGAGGAACCGCCCGGCCGAGAGGAGAAACCGAGUCCGGUGGGCCCAGCCUUGGCUCCUCCCGGGCCGGGGCCACCCGGGACACGCUCACUGUUUCCGUCAUCCUGGCCACGUGUCUCACACGCACCACGUGGGCCUCCACCACCAUCGCCUCCACCGACACCUCUACCACCAAGCCCACCACCAAGCCCACCUCCAUGCCCACCGAGGCCACCACUGACGCCUGUGAAUGGCAGCCACUGCCUGCCCUCCCGUGGACCCCCAUGCUCCUGUGCAGAAGGGCGCCUCUCUGUGCCCCUCCAAGUCCAGGAAGUCUUGUGCUCACAUCUUUCA